AAUAGAUUUUUCCACCAAACCUAAGGAACUUCUCAACACUAGCAGCUCGGAAUAAACAAAAAUGCGAGUUCUAACUUUGAUAAAACCAAUAAGCAUGCUGAAUUAAGUGCAGCCGAGAUACCCAACAACGAUCCGGCCAAGAUGGAUCGAUUCGCUUUUAAGAUUGAUGCGGCCCUCAAGGCGAAUCUCUGCAAGAUCUGUCGGCUAUGCGGCAUCGAUAAUCCAGGAAAAGUGCAGAUACUGCUGCCGAAUGAGGGCGACACUAUCGACCUGGACGAGCCCAGUAUGUCGCAAAAGAUCUACGAACUUGUGGGCUUCGCGGUGUCCACGGACGACAAAAUGCCGCAGACAAUGUGCAGCCAGUGCGUGGAUAAAAUCAAUGAUUUUUACGAGUUUCGGGAAAUGUGCUAUGCAACGAACAAACAGACGCGAAACCUUCUGGGGCUGAAGCAAAUAGAGCCCAUGAGGCUCAUUGAUCUUAAGCCCAUUGUAAAGGAGGAACCGCAUUUCUCAGGGCCAGCUGCCAAACGGGGUAGAAAACGAAAAGGCGAGGACUCGUGGCCUAGAAGUAACGUAAAGACACAAGUCAAAAAGGAGCCUUUUGUGUGGCACAAAAAGCAGCGGCUGCAGACCACACAAACCUCUCAAAUAUAUUCCAAAGGAGAGCCUGACAUCAAAGAGGAGCCUACGGAACCGGAAGGGAGCCUUAAGUUUCCGCCCAAGAAGGGCGGCCGAAAGUCCAUCUGCAGCGUAUGCGGCGAGAAAUUCUUCAGCAAAGAGCUGGCCGAUGAGCACAAAAGCCUGGUGCAUGUACCCUCGAUACCGCGCUACAUCUGCAACGCCUGCAACCAGACUCAUCACAACCAAAGUGACAUUCGCGCCCACCAACUAUGGCACAAACUCUCGAAGACGCCAUACAAAUGUCCGCUUUGCGAUGAGAGCGUGGCCAACGCAUACGCCUUUACGCGUCACCUGCGAGAGCACACACCGAUUAUUCCCGUCCAGCUGUUAGUCCUCGACCGGGAAUGUCCGCUGUGCAAGAAGACCUUCGUCACGAAUUUCUUCUACAACACGCACCGCUGUGCCAUUCGCAAACGCAAGUGCGGCGGUUGCAGCCGCGCCUUAAACACCGAAGCGGCCUAUAUGCGUCACGCCCCAACCUGCCCCAAAAUUUACCUCAACCACUCAAGGCACAUAAUGCCCGAGGUGGUGACCAACGAGGCGCAGAUGCGCAUCAAGAACGAGGUGGAGGACGACCUCGUAGGCCUACCGCCGGUGACAACUGUACCUCCGGAUUUCGUUAUAGACGAGGGCAUGCAGCCGGUGGUGGUGCUCGAGCGCCUUUCAUCGCCAUUGUUGCGGGCCUCUGCCGGAGUCAAUCGGCUGGGUGCCAACAAGAGCAGGAACAGCGAUCGGGUCUCAGCUAAGAAUUACUUGAAGCGGGUGGAUCAGCUGCUAAAGAACACGAUGAGCACUCUGGUAAGCAUCAAACAUGAGCCAGAGGUGCACAUCAGCGACACUGGUCCAGCGCCAGAGCAGGCGCCUAGUGAACCCGAGGAGGAGUCGGCUGGGUAUGCAGAUGAUUUCCAUUUAGCCAACGAUGAUAGCGAGGAGGAAGCUCAACCGGUGUCGGCUCCUGCCCUAGCGACAGCUGGUGACGGUGACGAAGUGCCCAGUGUGUCAAACCGGAUUAAACAGGAACCUAUAGAAGGGGCCUUCCAUAAGCAAAUGGAACUGAAGCAGGAGCCACUGAAACUGAAGCUUAAAAUAACCAAGAACCAUGGUAAGCUAAACUCCUCGCUCAUUGACGAUCUAGACGAGGUGGGCCAAGCACCCGGCAGGAUAAGCAAAAAGAAAAAGAAGCGGAAGCACAAAGAACGCGAGAAGGAAGUAGAGCACAGUCAAGCAGAAGCUCAUGUUCGACCCGAGGUUAGAAUCAAGCAAGAACCCGUUGACUUCGUUCCAGAGGCCACAGUCAUGACCACCAUUCCAAUGACCCAGUUGGAGAGCAACUUUAAUGAAAGCGAACAGCCUGCAGAACCAAAUGAGGCCAUAGAUCAGCCUCUGGAGGAUGUUAAACCCAACCGCAUGGAGCUUGAUCGCCUGAUGAAAAUCUCACAUGUGGCUAGUGGCGUGGACAUGGCCGAAGAGGCAGUGCCAUUAGAACGAGCAGAAGAAGCCACUCCCGACGAGCCCCAGCCAGUUGAGCUACCGUCGACGAGGCAAUCCCCGCCAAAGCCGAAGUCCAUAAAGUCCACAGCGAGGAAAAGUACUGGUGCCGUUCAGCACAAGCCGCAAACGCCACCAAAACAGGCUCCUCUGCCGCAGAUUGUGGCCGUGGAGAGUGGUGAAGCUGUAGCGUUUAAUAUUUCUAUCAAGUCGGAGCCAAGAAAUCGCGGCUAUGGGGAUGAACCCGUGGAAGAAGAAUCUACGGCUACAGAAGAGAUUAACCACAACGAGAAGAUGGACGAGGAGAAUGCCUACAUAAAUAGUUUAGAUCUGAACAACGUGACUGUGAAGCAGGAACAAGACUUGGACAUUUCCGAAUCUGACAACAUGCUGUGCAAUGGCGAAUUAGAGCGAACUGGCGAUGAGAGCGAUGAGGACACUGCUUCAUCUGCCGACGAAGCCGAGGAGGCAAUGGAGGAGGACGAAGAGCGCAUCUAUCGGGAAAUCGAGCUGCCACCACUGGAACCUCUAUGCGAGGAUAAGGAAGCAUCACAAAGGGACCAAGUGGAAACCGAGAGAAUGGGUACUGAGGCAUCAGCUGCACUGCCAGCCGCAGAAACUCCGGAAGUGGUUGGUGUGGAAAAGCCAAUGGUUUCUGCUUUCAGUUUGGUUAUAACUAGCAUCUGCAGCCAAGCGGUUGCCGAACCACCAAAUGAAGUUGCCACUAGCCUUGAAAACAUUCCACCAGACGCUGGAGAGGCCCCAUCUUUAUUAGAGCUCCAAAUCCAGAAAGACGAAAAACCCCCUCCUUCUGCAACGGACAUCGAAACUUCUCUUGAAGAUGGCCGCAGUCUGGCUGUGCCGUUUUCCUCUUCGCUAACAAAUCCACCGGCUGCUGCGAGCCAAACCUCAUCCUCGAUUGAUGUCGACCCUAACGUAGUAGUUGAAACCCCGUCCCUCGCAGAGGUUGAUGCUGCUCAAUCCCCGAUAUGUGGUGCCUCUAUCACUGCAGAUGAAAUCCACUCUCCUUCAAGCCAAAUUCAAACAGAACUUCGCUCAGUUGCGGAUCAUUCCCUGGACAAUAAUGGAGCCAAUCCAGUAGAAUUGUUAGGUACUUCUUUAGUUUAUGGAAAUCUGACCGAUGCAAACGCGGAAACCUCGCUUCCAAGUGGGAGUUCGGCUGCGCUUUAUCUUGGAAUUACUUCACCGGAAGAUCCAGCCUCAUCCUUGUGUCCACCCCCGCCUUAUGAACCCUCGGAAUCUCUAGAGAAAUCAGGCAGUGACCAAGAAUCUCUGCCAACGGUUUCCCUCCACACCCCCAAGGACAGUGAAGAUCAGUCGCCGCCGACAUGCGAUACAGCUAACAUGGAGAGCAGCUACACGUGUGAUGAGGAACAACAAAAUGUGCUUAACCACGAGCUCUCGGAGCAGCACCAAUCGUCACUGGAGGAUGCGCUGCUGUUGGUCCACGAAGAGCAGCCGGCUUCACUGGAGGUUAUCCCACCGGGACCCUCGGCGAGGCCAAUCGAGGAGACUGAGAACCGCAUCAAUGAGCAGCAGCAGGAUUUGGAGCAGGAGGAGCAGCGACAGCCACGCUGCCAGGCCAACGACGACUCCAAUAUCAACGAAAUAGCCGAGAACAAUAACAAUGCCAACAUUGAGCGCGAACUGCAAGACGAUGCGCUCGGGGCUCAGGAAAACGCGAAUCCAUAGACUACGACUAGCUAAUAGGCCAUACCAAGAUUAAACUGCAUGUUUUUCCCGAUUCAGAUAUAAAUUGUAAAUAGACGUAGAUUGGUGAAUCAUGCUUGGGCAAUUGGACAGAAUCGGGGCAAUAAUUUAUACCGGAAAUUCGGAAUGAACUUUAAACGGAUAGCAUUAGUUUUAAGUUAGGUAUACACAACUUUAUUACAUAAAUUAAUGGCUUAUAUAUUAGCAUAUGUAAGUAUUAUGUAUUGAAAUACAUAAGUCGCACAAAACUCUUUAAA